GCGGAGGCCGGGCGGGCGGCUGUUCCUGGAAUGGGCCGGGAGGGGGGAGGAGCGGGCGGAAGGGGACGGUGUGUUGGCCGGCCGGCCCGGGGUCAGCGAGCACAGCCCCUCCGGUGGCCGGUGUGGCUGCCCCGGGACUGGCUGCAGGCAUGGCCGAGUCUCCAGAGGCCCGGGAGCUGGUGUACCUGGUCACAGGUGGCUGCGGCUUCCUGGGGGAGCAUGUGGUGCGGAUGCUUCUGCAGCGGGAACCCCGGCUCUUGGAGCUGCGGGUCUUUGACCUGCACCUGGGUCCCUGGCUGGAGGAGCUGAAGACAGGGCCCGUGCAGGUGACUGCCAUCCAGGGGGAUGUGACCCAGGCCCACGAGGUGGCAGCGGCUGUGGCUGGAGCCCACGUGGUCAUCCACACAGCCGGGCUGGUGGAUGUGUUCGGGAGGGCCAGCCCCGAGACCAUCUAUGAGGUCAACGUACAGGGCACAAAGAACGUGAUUGAGGCUUGUGUGCAGACUGGAACACGGUUCCUGGUCUACACGAGCAGCAUGGAAGUUGUGGGGCCCAACAUCAAAGGCCACCCCUUCUACAGGGGCGACGAGGACACGCCGUAUGAAGCAGCGCACAGCCACCCCUAUCCUUGCAGCAAGGCACAGGCGGAGCAGCUGGUCCUGGAAGCCAACGGUCGGGAGGUCCAUGGGGGGCUGCCCCUGGUGACGUGUGCCCUGCGUCCCACUGGCAUCUACGGUGAAGGCCACCAGAUCAUGAGGGACUUCUACCGCCAAGGCCUUCGCCUGGGGGGUCGGCUCUUCCGGGCCAUCCCAGCCUCCGUGGAGCACGGUCGGGUCUACGUGGGCAAUGUGGCCUGGAUGCACGUGCUGGUGGCCCGGGAGCUGGAGCAGCGAGCGGCACUCAUGGGCGGCCAGGUGUACUUCUGCUACGACGACUCGCCCUAUAAGAGCUACGAGGACUUCAACAUGGAGUUCCUGGGCCCCUGCGGGCUGCGACUCGUGGAGUCCCGCCUGCUGGUACCCUACUGGCUGCUGGUGCUUCUGGCCGCUCUCAACGCCCUGCUGCAGUGGCUGCUGCGGCCCCUGUUUCUCUACGCCCCCCUGCUCAACCCCUACACACUGGCUGUGGCCAACACGACCUUCACCGUGAGCACCGACAAGGCGCAGCGCCACUUCGGCUAUGUACCCCUGUUCUCUUGGGAGGACAGCCGGACGCGCACCAUCCGCUGGGUGCAGGCCAUGGAGGGCUCAGCCCAGUGACGGUGGAGCUGGGGCCUGGAGCCUGGUGCGUGGCACGUCCAUCCGUCCAGGUCCGGGGCCCUCCAGCCCUUGGGGGCAGAGGGGCCGGUGCUACACCAGCUCGCCUGCCUUGCAGCUCCCCAUGCUUCUAAGCCACGAGCCGUGAGUCUGCAUCCUCACGCCUCUUAAGUCCUGGGGCAGGGUUUUGCCACGGGCACAUCUUCACUCUCGACCCAGGCCCAACGGCUGGCUGGGGAGUGUCCGAUGGCCCGAUUGUUCUCAACUGCCGUGUCCCAUCUGGCUUUUCAAGCAGGAAGUGAGAAGGGGUCCCACGGGCUUCGUGCUGGCCUUCUGAGGUCUGGGCCUGGAUUCGGCCUGAAGAUCCUUUCUGGCUCCUCCUACCACCUGGGGCCCUCUCUGAGGGUCACAGUCUCAUUAUUUCAAAAAUCAUUUAUCGCCUUUUGACAGCUCUCUCUGCUCUUCAGCGAUGCCUGAGCAAAUCUGCAGGGUUUCCCUUCUUCCCAGCUCUCCACCCAAAUUACUCCUACAGUAUUGUGCUGUACCCAGCCGAGCCCUGGAUUAAAGCUCCCCGUCCA